AUGGCCAAGUCAUCGAGACAGCCGAGUAGGUCAAGCAUGGCCGACGACAUCGACGCCAUCACACCAUGUCCUCCGCCAACCAAGAGCCAAGACAUCAUCUCGCCCAUCCCUACCAGCGCAAUCAAUGAUUACCGGACAAGGAGAUCAGAGUCGCCGAGUUCCGUCUGUUCGUCCCUUGACGCAGGCGAAUUCACCGUAAGGCGGCGGGCGUCCGUGAAGGCGCUAGAAGAGGGCACAAACGGCGAUCCGGAGGCACUCUGGAGGCGCAUGCUCAGACUUCAGCAAGAAUUCGGGUGCUACAACUCGGCAAGGAUGAGCGCUGCGCUCAGCUCCGGAGAUGCAAGUCUAUUACGUCCUUCGAAAGCAUGCCUGGACUUGCUCAACGAAACUAUGACCAUUUUGCCUGACGAGGCCGAACCUGUCCAUGGAGGAUGGCGCCGGAAUUCGGAGGGAGAUGCAUCGCCGACGAAGGGUCAUCGAUGA